CCCUUCUCUUCCUCCUCUCCCUCCUCCUCCUCCUCCUCCGUGGGCAUUUUGGUACGAGAAUGUUUCUCGCAAGCGCGGCACAGGGACUGUAUUGUUUGUUUGUUUGUUCUCGCUCUUCCAAUCGCAGCUCAUGGGGCCCCUGAUUCUUGACCUGCAUGGCUCUGUCCUCCAAAAGAAAUUAUCCUCCUAUCGUCCUUCUCCCAUCCUCCUCUUGUCCUCCUCCUGUUAUCUAUUUGGAGUCAACGCUGGCUGAUGUCCAUCGGUUUCAGCUUUGCUCCGAUCGCAAUGCGACGAAUCUUCUUGCGAAAAAGUGUAGGGAUCUCGACACAGCCGUCAACUGGACGCGGUACACCAUCGAACCGCGGAUGUCAGAAUGUCUUGAAGAACUCGACACGCUGCUCCAGGCGGACGCCCAGGUGACCCGCAAAGGCAAGAACAAGGCGACUUCCGAUGUCACCGACAGUGCUUCUGGCACCUCUACGGCUGAGGACAUCGAGGCCACCACCAUUGGCUCUUCUGGAACGCACUGACAUUGGCUCCACGGAGCACGGGGGUGCCCCGCUCCUGUUCCCAUCCAUGGUUCAGCAGGACGAGUACGACAUCCAGGGCUACGAGGACGAGUGCUUCCCCGACGCGUGCAACAUAGGUGGUGCACCCGCUGAGGUUUCCUCCGGCUCGUGCGGUGGCGUCAGCACCAGCCACCAUGCGCGCGACGCCGUGCAGGUCGUGCAGGUCGUGGACGCUGAAGCCCAGACCGUAAACGCCGUCGUCCCGAAUACGCUCACCGACAUGAUUUUGGGCUCGCAUCUGUUCGAAGAAAAGCGACCACCGUGUUGCUGUCUUCUCUGACCGCCCGCCUCGGCACAUUGGACGAAGUGCUCGUGCAAAUCGCGGAUGGCCAGCGCAUUCGCGACUCAGCUGUAUGGUCAGAGUUGCUGCGCGAUGAUACUGGCAUGGGCGAUACGUGCUUCGCAUUUGAAGGGUUCCCGAGCGAAAUGCUGAUCCACCUACAAGGCGACCUCCACGAGCAUGCAGGCAUUGCGCGAGCGUUCGUCUCACCACAAGGCUGGUCUCGCGGGCGAGGGGGGCGUAGUCAUUCGGCACGACGCAAAUCUGCCGCACGGGGUUGGGCGCGCGCGUCCUCCCUGGGCUCCACUGCAGGCGCCCCCAUCGCCCGCCCGAGGCCCCGCGCGGGGAGGUGCCUCGCUCGAGUUCGGUUGGGCCAGAGCCAUGGGCCAUCGGGGAUGCCCACACAACGCGGCUGUCGUGUCUCCCUUCUCCUCCAUAUCCUCUUCCUUCGUCCUCCUCCCUCCUCCAUCCUGUCGCAACUGCCUUGUCCGCUUGUUGUUCAGGCCACGGUUCACAACAUGGGCUUGCCCAGUGCAGGUUGGUUUUUGCGGCGUUCUCAGUUUGUCUGGCGAUCUCAUGUUUUGCGAUGUCUUUGUGUUAACCACGGUGGCUUGCGCGAGGAAGCAAAAAGGCGGCUCGGGCGAAACAACACUUACCCCGGAGCAGACGUGCACCCCAGAAGGGGUCUUCGGGGCCCGCC